AUGGAGCCACGCUUCAGGAACUACUCCAGUGACAGCAUGGGCAGCGACGUGGUGUUCAUGGACGAGGCGCAGUAUCACAGCAGGUUAUGGGUCGCGGCUCACAGGAAAGACAGAACCACCACAGACAGAACCACCACAGACAGAACCAUCACAGACAGAACCACCACAGACAGAACCACCACAGACAGAACCAUCACAGACAGAACCACCACAGACAGAACCACCACAGACAGAACCAUCACAGACAGAACCACCACAGACAGAACCACCACAGACAGAACCAUCACAGACAGAACCACCACAGACAGAACCGUCACAGACAGAACCAUCACAGACAGAACCAUCACAGACAGAACCAUCACAGACAGAACCAUCACAGACAGAACCACCACAGACAGAACCAUCACAGACAGAACCACCACAGACAGAACCACCACAGACAGAACCAUCACAGACAGAACCACCACAGACAGAACCGUCACAGACAGAACCAUCACAGACAGAACCACCACAGACAGAACCAUCACAGACAGAACCACCACAGACAGAACCGUCACAGACAGAACCAUCACAGACAGAACCACCACAGACAGAACCGUCACAGACAGAACCACCACAGACAGAACCACCAAAGACAGAACCAUCACAGACAGAACCACCACAGACAGAACCAUCACAGACAGAACCACCACAGACAGAACCGUCAGACAGAACCAUCACAGACAGAACCACCACAGACAGAACCAUCACAGACAGAACCACCACAGACAGAACCGUCACAGACAGAACCACCACAGACAGAACCACCAAAGACAGAACCAUCACAGACAGAACCACCACAGACAGAACCAUCACAGACAGAACCACCACAGACAGAACCGUCAGACAGAACCACCACAGACAGAACCACCACAGACAGAACCACCACAGACAGAACCAUCACAGACAGAACCACAACAGACAGAACCAUCACAGAACCAUCACAGACAGAACCACCACAGACAGAACCAUAAAAGACAGAACCAUCAAAGACAGAACCACCGCAAACAGAACCAUCACAGACAGAACCACUACAUACAGAACCACCACAGACAGAACCAUCAAAGACAGAACCAUCACAGACAGAACCAUCACAGACAGAACCAUCACAGACAGAACCAUCAAAGACAGAACCAUCACAGACAGAACCACCACAGACAGAACCAUCACAGAACCAUCACAGACAGAACCAUCACAGACAGAACCAUCACAGACAGAACCAUCACAGACAGAACCACCACAGACAGAACCACCACAGACAGAACCACCACAGACAGAACCAUCACAGACAGAACCAACACAGACAGAACCAUCACAGACAGAACCACCACAGACAGAACCAUCACAGACAGAACCAUCACAGACAGAACCAUCACAGACAGAACCAUCACAGACAGAACCAUCACAGACAGAACCAUCACAGACAGAACCACCACAGACAGAACCACCACAGACAGAACCACCACAGACAGAACCAUCACAGACAGAACCAUCACAGACAGAACCACCACAGACAGAACCAUCACAGACAGAACCAUCACAGACAGAACCACCACAGACAGAACCAUCACAGACAGAACCAUCACAGACAGAACCAUCACAGACAGAACCACCACAGACAGAACCAUCACAGACAGAACCAUCACAGACAGAACCAUCACAGACAGAACCACCACAGACAGAACCACCACAGACAGAACCACCACAGACAGAACCAUCACAGACAGAACCAUCACAGACAGAACCAUCACAGACAGAACCACCACAGACAGAACCAUCACAGACAGAACCAUCACAGACAGAACCAUCACAGACAGAACCAUCACAGACAGAACCACCACAGACAGAACCACCACAGACAGAACCACCACAGACAGAACCAUCACAGACAGAACCAUCACAGACAGAACCAUCACAGACAGAACCACCACAGACAGAACCAUCACAGACAGAACCAUCACAGACAGAACCAUCACAGACAGAACCAUCACAGACAGAACCAUCACAGACAGAACCAUCCCAGAACCUGAGCCCCUACACCCAGCCCCCACACCCAGCCCCUACACCCAGCUCCUACACCCAGCCCCUACACCCAGCCCCUACACCCAGCCCCUACACCCAGCCCCCACACCCAGCCCCUACACCCAGCCCCUACACCCAGCCCCUACACCCAGCCCCCACACCCAGCCCCUAACCCAGCCCCUACACCCAGCCCCUAACCCAGCCCCUACACCCAGCCCCCACACCCAGCCCCUACACCCAGCCCCCACACCCAGCCCCUACACCCAGCCCCCACACCCAGCCCCUACACCCAGCCCCUACACCCAGCCCCCACACCCAGCCCCUACACCCAGCCCCUACACCCAGCCCCCACACCCAGCCCCUACACCCAGCCCCUACACCCAGCCCCCACACCCAGCCCCCACACCCCAGCCCCUACACCCAGCCCCUACACCCAGCCCCCACACCCAGCCCCUACACCCAGCCCCCACACCCAGCCCCUAA